UACAUCGUUUCCAAUAAAGCAGUUUAAAAAGGCCUCCCCAGAACAUUUGAAACCCUCACGAUUUGUUCUUCGCUGCAAACCCUUGAACCACAUUUCUCUCUUACUACUUUCUCUGUCUUCCGUUGGAAAAGCGGAAGUUUCGGCGAGACGUCUGCAGGAAAUUAUUUUACGAGAUGACUGAGAUGAAAAAGCAACCCUCAGUUAUGCAGAAGCUCGGAGCUGGCCAGCUUAGCAGUGGUCUUUCACAGAUCACUCAUCCUCGUUAUGGAAGCAUGCAAAACUCUGCCUUGGUUCAGAGACGGUUUGCCUAUGGUAAUUACACUAAUGCUGCUUUGCAGUACCCAGCAUGCCCAGCCACCCAAGAUUUAUCUUUUGCUUCCAACAUGGCUGCACCUGUUGUUGCAUACGCUCCUGCUGAGAAAGGACCUGCUGCUUUUGCUAUUGAUUUUCUCAUGGGAGGAGUUUCGGCUGCUGUAUCAAAGACCGCUGCUGCCCCAAUUGAGCGUGUUAAGCUCUUGAUCCAGAACCAAGAUGAAAUGCUUAAAGCUGGUCGUCUCUCUGAACCCUACAAGGGUAUUGGUGACUGUUUCAAGAGAACAAUCAAGGAUGAGGGUGUGAUGUCCUUGUGGAGAGGAAACACUGCUAAUGUCAUCCGUUAUUUCCCUACUCAGGCCUUGAACUUUGCUUUCAAGGAUUACUUCAAGAGAAUGUUCAACUUCAAGAAGGAGAAGGAUGGUUACUGGAAGUGGUUUGCCGGUAACUUGGCAUCUGGUGGUGCUGCUGGUGCUUCUUCUUUGUUCUUUGUGUACUCCUUGGAUUAUGCCCGUACCCGUCUUGCCAAUGACUCCAAGGCUGCCAAGAAGGGAGGAGGAGAGAGACAAUUCAAUGGUCUCAUUGAUGUUUAUCGCAAGACAUGGGCUUCAGAUGGUCUUGCUGGUCUAUACCGUGGAUUUAACAUCUCAUGUGUUGGUAUCAUUGUCUAUCGUGGGUUGUACUUUGGUCUGUAUGAUUCAGUCAAGCCUGUUGUAUUGACCGGCAGUUUGCAGGAUAGUUUCUUUGCUAGCUUUGCUCUUGGUUGGCUCAUCACCAACGGUGCUGGUCUUGCUUCCUAUCCAAUUGAUACCGUCCGUAGAAGAAUGAUGAUGACAUCUGGUGAGGCUGUCAAGUACAAGGGUUCCUUCGACUGUUUCGCCCAGAUUGUCAAGAAUGAGGGCGCCAAGUCUCUCUUCAAGGGUGCUGGUGCCAACAUCCUCCGUGCUGUUGCCGGUGCUGGUGUGUUGGCCGGUUACGACAAGCUCCAGGUCCUUGUCUUUGGAAAGAAGUACGGUUCAGGUGGUGCUUAAAUUUAGAAGCCUCAACAGCUUCUGUGGUAGAUGUUGAUGAAAAUUUAAUUUUUUGGGUGGGGAGGAAUUGGCAUGGAGUUUGUGGUGGUCAGUUUUUCGUAUACCGGAAAAAGUUUGAAUAAUAAUGUAGGGUUUUAAAGACUUUUAGAGGGACUAACCCCGCAGUUUUCCCUGAGAAUUCUUGCUCGGAUUCAAGAUUUGUUCUAGGGAGCACGUUCGCAAUUUGGUGCUCCGUGGAGUUUUCUUAAUUUAGUUACGUAAGGUCAAUUUUUGUUUUCAGAAUUCAAACUAUUGUUACCUUCCAUUUGAUGGAAAGGAUAGAGCUAUCUUGCUAAUCAUCUCUUAUUUAUUGUCAAGUUCUUUUUGUCAUGGGUAUUUUAAUUAGUGAGCGUUAUGCCUGCUUCAAAUUCA